AUGUACAAUUCUUCGACAACAUCAAAUCAAGACGAUGGCGAAGUAACAAUGAUCAGUCAUUCACUAUUUUAUAAUCUCCCGAAAGCUGGUCGAAACUUCAAUAGCGAUUCCUACGUCAGUGAUAGAAAUAAUAAUAUCUUUGACGACGAUGAUGCGAACGAUGUUUCCGAAGCGGUUCAACAAAUUGAACAAGUGCUUGAAUACUAUCGAAAAGAACUCAAACAAGAAUCUUACACACAAUUAGAUUGUAAUCGAAAGUUAAUCACACGUUUAUUCGACUUCAUUCGGCCGACGUAUUCGAUGCAUAAGAAGAAGAUGAAUGAUCUCAAUGCUUUGUUUGAAGAAAUCUCUGCUUUACAAGAUCUGCGCUUUAUUCGAGUCAAAGACAAACAAGAACAUCUAACAAACGAAAUUUCACAAUUGAAGAAAUUAAUGAUCUCAGCAAAUGAAGGUCAUAGUUAUAAAAGUACAGUGGCCAAAGCGUCUCGUUUAAAUCCAGUGAUUAAUUAUGAACAAUGGAUGGCGAUGGAAGAAGAAGCAAGAAAACUGUCUAAUCUAGUGGAAUUACAACGUGAUCGAAUCAACGAACUUAUCAAUUUAAUCUCUCAAGAAGACACGUCGUCGCUGCAAUUAUCGUCGUCAUCGUCAACGUCGAGAAAUUUUAUUGCUCAUUGCGAAGAACUUCCAACGCGCAAACGACAGUCGGCUACCUCGAGUGCGAAUUCGGAGCGUUUACUCGUCGCAACUAUCCCUUCCCCUGUUGACGAACAACACGAUUCAGGUACAGAGACAUUACAAAGAUCAACCAAUGAAUUCCGUUCACUCGAUACCGUAAAUACCGGAGAGCGAUCAACAGUAAUUACUUCUACAUUACCACCACUCUCUCGAAUCUCGUCAUAUAAUGAUAUAAAAAAAUGUCCUAUAUGCAAUGAUGAAUUUUCUAGCACAGCUAAUGAAUUUGAAAUCAUUCGCCAUGUCGAAUCAUGUUUAUCUACAGCGGGUAUUGAAGAUCCAGGUGCUGUUCCUCAACCUAAGCAAUAUGUCUGUCCGUAUUGUUCGCGCCAAUUUCAAGGCAAUGACGAAAAAGCUUACCAUCAACAUCUAGCAUUCUGCUAUACUGAUUAUCCUGAAAAUUUCUAA